GAAGAAAUAAAAUUCCGAGGAAUGGUGCUUGAUGAAAAUGAUCAAAUAAUCGAAACUUCCGAAGGUAUCCUAUGUGAAGUUGCGAUUGGACCAGCUGAAGAAUAUAAAUUGGCGUAUUUAACAAGGGAGACUUUAGGCAUGGAGGAAACAUCAGAUAACCUCGAAGAUAAAGAAAAUCUUGAGGAUUUUAAUACAGCUGGUACUUCUGGAAAGGGUGAUGAUCUUAUUACAAACAGGGUUAGUCCUGCGAUUCCUUCUUCUUCUGCAGUCAUACUUCCAGGAACAAGUAACAAAGCCACUGCUUCAAUAAAAUGGACUGAUAGUCAGACGAAGAAAAUGCUUGCUCUAUACAACGAGAACGUGGUGAAAGUUGGACCAAUGAAAAAAUUCAGAAACAAAAAAUUGAUGUGGGAAUGUAUUGCUACGGAUAUAUCAAACGAGUUUAAAAUUUACGUAAGCGGAAUUCAAUGCGAAUCUCGUUUCAAAAAUGUCUUAAAACGUAAGACUGGUGCUGUAAAGCAUAAUAAACAAUCAGGUAAUGAUCCCGUGGAAGUUCCAUACCAAGACGAGAUUGAUGAAAUUAAAAGUAUGGAUGAUAGUAUUAAACCUGAAGUUCUUGUGAGUCCUGGUAGCAUUAAAGUUUUGAAAAACAACUCUCAAAAGUGUCUAGCAGAACAAUCUCGUCAGGAUAACAAGAAAAAGAAAACAGAAGAUCCACUUAUUACUGCAUUUCGUGAAUCGCAGGAAAGGAGGGAAGCCAACAGGCAACGUAGGCAUGAAGAAAAACUUGCAUUGUUGCGAGAAUUCCUGAGUAAGAAGGAGUAAACU